AGAAAUGAACGAUUUCGAAACAUUAACCCAGUUAUGUCUCGAUAUUGUUCACAUGAAAAUCACACCGAUGAAGGCUUAUGAAAGGAUACUCACAGAGAAGAAAGAUCGAGAUGCCAUCAGUUCGGAGCUGAUCGACGUGUUAGUGCUCACCGAGCCGGAGAGCGAGUUCGCUGACAACGCGAGCACUUCCAAAGAGAAUUUUGAAUCCUUUGUGAAUCUACUCACUAACACGAUAAUCCCCGAAGAAAUCCUCCGCCUCGAGCUGGAUUGUUUCAAAAAAGAUGAUCACAGCAAGGCACUAAUUAGGUUGAAAACAAAAGUCUAUUUCAAACAGGCCAAAUUCAACUUAUUUCGAGAAGAGUCUGAAGGUUACUCAAAACUUGUCACAGAGCUUAUGGAAGCAGCCGAGAGCUCAGCGAAUGAGAAUGAACAUGCGAAGAUUCUGAAGCAUCGAGUACUUUCAUUAAUUGGACAGUUCAAUUUGGAUCCAAAUCGUGUCACUGACGUUAUAUUGGAAGUUUUCGAGAAUUUCCCGAGGCAGAAGCUCCUUUUCAUUGCACUUCUCAAAGAAAUUGACGUGGUCCGUGACUAUCUGUGUGCACUUCUGGGCUUCAAAUUCACAUUCUAUCAAUCGGAUAAAAAGAAGAAAACGCCAUAUUCGUUGUACGUUCUGACAGCUUCGCUCAUUCAACAUGAAAUGAUCGAUAUGAUGAAGAUUUUAGGAUAUAUGAUUCCAAAAGCCGAAGCAAUUAAAGAAGGGCACCGUUCAAGAAUGCAGAAUGCACAAGAAAGAGCAUCAAAAGCAGAAACAAUUUCUACAGCUUCAAUGCCAAUUAUGGAUUCAAGAGGUUUCGAUGAAAAUGGAAUAGGUGGAAAUGCGACAACGCAAACGAUUUCCUUCACUACAGUAAUCCAACUUCAAGAAGACGAGGAUAUAAAAUUAUCUGAAGGGUUUAAUGAGGAAUAUGUUCUCUCAUCAAAUCAGAAGCUUGGUUUAACGUGUGCAUUAUUAGAAAGUGGAAACUGGAAACAAGCUCAAAUGCUCAUUGAUCGUCUCCCAGAAUACUAUGCAGUUCAAGCUAGUCCACGACUCUGUAGAGCUCUUUGCAAAAUAAUUGAGAAAUCAAUUAACGAUUUUUACAAGAAAAAUUGUUCGCUGAACUUGUUUGGAGAUUUGAUAAAAUCGACGAAACCAGUGUUAGAUGAUAUGGGAAAUGGAUUAAGACCAAUCGAAAGUUGGGAAGAUCUUGGAAAAUUGUCAAGUGUACUUGCCUAUUUGGGACCUAGAAUAGCCUUUCGUGCUUCAACAAAUAUCAAAAUUGUUCGACUUUUGACUGCCUACUACCGAAAAGUUGACAAGGAUCUGCUACCGAAGGAUGAUAAACUAAAUCAAAAUUUCGUGGAAGUCGUCUCCGAAUGUCUUCUACCAUCUCUCACACUGUCCGAAACAAAUGUUGCACUUAGUGAAGAGAUUUGGCAGCUCCUUGAGCUUUUCCCGUAUUCUUGGAGAUAUUGGAUGUAUUCAAAAUGGAAUCUUGAAACUUCAAGACAUCCAGAAAUGCAUAUAAUGAAGGGGAAAAUUCAUGGACGAACAAAAUAUGUUCUGAAGCGUCUUUCGAAGGAAACUGUAAAGAUGAUGGGCAGACAAUUGGGAAAAUUGUGUCAUAUACAUCCAUCUACAGUACUCUCAUAUCUCCUCAGUCAAGUGCAAACUUUUGAUAAUUUCAUUGGACCUGUUGUGGAUAGUUUGAGAUAUUUGACAAGUCUUGAAUUUGAUGUUCUCACUUAUUGCAUCAUCUCCCAAUUGGCUGAUCCAUCGAAACAAGCUCUCAAAUCCACUGAUGCUACCAUCUCUCCUUGGCUGCAAGCUCUUGGAACACUGGUUGGAUCUCUCUAUCGAAGAUAUCCACUCGAACUGAACGGAAUGCUAGACUAUGUGCUAAAUCAAUUGAAACUUUGCAAAAGUUACGAUAUGCUUCUUCUUCGAGAAAUUAUCCAGAAUAUGUCAUGGAUCGAGAGUAUCAGUGGAGCAACGAAAGAACAAAUUGAAGCACUUGGAGGUGGAGACUUGUUGAAACAGGAAGCUGGUGGAUAUUCAACGGCAACAAAGAAUAGAAAAGCUGCUCAACGUCUACGUGAUGCACUUCUGAAAGGAGAUUUGGCUGUUGGAUUGGCAAUUUCAGUUGCUCAACAAAAAGAGCAUAUUGUCUACAAUGAAAGCUCUACUCUUCCAUUGAAACUUGUUGGAAAAAUGGUUGAUCAGUGUAGUGACACAUUUCAACAACUCGUUUCAUUUUUGAGUGUUUAUCUGAAAAAUGAUGAUUUUUCGAAACGAGUUCCAACUGUUCGUGAAUUGUUAUCUGAUUAUUCACUUGGAAUGGAAGCCACAAUGUGUCUGGCGAGACCUAUUUUCUUCUCAAGAAUAUCAGAUCACUAUGAUGCGGCUAAAAAAAUCUCGAAAGCUGCUGUUGAAGAUGGACAAAAGACUCGUUUGGAUACACAGCAAAAGACUGAAAUGUUUACAAGUGCGUUGGAAUCACAAGUGGAAAUGUUAAUGGAUGAGCUGAAAGCAUCUGAACCUGGCAUGGAGGAGAAUAUACCUGUGAAAUUCUUCGCUGUUUUCUGGAUGCUGACAAUGUAUGAUAUCGAAGUUCCGACAGCUGCAUAUGAACGGACACUUGAUGCUUUAAAGAAACAGUCAAGAGAAGACAGUCAUGGAAAAGCUAAGAAAACUGAUAAACAGUUGGAGAGUAAGCUUCGAGAAGAGCAGAAGAGGCAAAUUGAGCACGUGGAACGUUGUAAAGUAUGGCUUCUGAACAAGAAAGACUCGUUGAUUGAUGAGCAAUUCCAUAAUUCUGUAUUGGAAGCUCUCAUUCAACAAUGCCUCCUGCCACGUGCCAUAUUCUCCGAACUUGAUGCAGUGUUCUGUGGUCAAUUCUUCAUGAUGCUUCACGAAAUGCGGACUCCAUUCUUCCCAUCGGUUCUGAUCAUUGACAGACUCUUCGAGAACAUAAUUCCUCUGAUCGCGGGGCUCACCGAGAACGAAGCCAACUCGCUGGCAUGCUUCUUUGAAAUUCUGCUCUGCACUGUUCAAAGAUGGCACUCGGAGAAAGAAGUUUUCGAGAAGGAAUGUGCAGGAUUUCCAGGAAUGAUCACAAAACAAGCAAUUGAAUAUCAAACUUUCCGAAAGUUAUGCUAUAGAUGGCAAAUUCGAUUUACUGCCAUGUUUAAGACAGUCUUCACAAAAGAUGAUGCUGACUAUGUACUUAUCAGAAAUUCAUUGAUUAUGAUGACAAAGUUGACAUCUGGAUUUCCAGUCAUAUCACAUGCAGUCGCCACAAUGGAAACAGCUGUAACCAAGUUGAAGGAUCGAGAGAAGGGAAAACGUGACGAUCUAUCAUUAAAAGCAGCCUCGUAUGUUGGAAAGCUCAAGAUGAGAACUGUGAAGAUUUAUGCUCAAAAUUCGGAUUACGCCCCAGUUCCCAACAAGAAGGUGUCGGUCGGUGCUGAAAAACCAAAGAAAAAAGAAAAAGUGGUAGAUGAGAAAGAUAAAGCUGAUGGGGAACCAGUUGAUAAGAAGAUUAAAGUAGAUUCGAAGAAAAAUGGGACGACGAGUUCGGAGAAAGUGGUGAAAGAUGAUGAAGUACAUCAGAAUGGAAGUGAAACAGAGAAGAAAGCUACAGUAGAUAACAAAGAGAGAAAGAAGCGACCUGGAAAAUCAUCCCACGGAUCAAAAGAAUCAAAGAAAGAGCCAACAACUGAAGAUGGUGAAGUGAAGACUCCAAGUCCCCCUCCUGCAAAGAAGACUCGAAUUGUUGAUCGCUUAAAACGGUCUGAUGAACCUUCAAAGAAAGAUGAGAAAGAAUCUCCGAAGGACACAGAAUCUGAAAAAGGAGAAGGUAAGAAAAGAAGAGAACGAUCGAAAGACAAAGAAACAGGAAAAGAGAAACGGUUGGAGAAGGAUAAUAAGGAACGAGAAAAGGAUAAGGAAAGGAAGCGAGAAAAUGGAGAAAACCAGAAAGAACAAAAGAUUCUCAAAGAUCAGAAGCAAAAAAGCAAGCCGUCCGAUGAGAAGCUUGAAGUGGCAGGACCCGCGCUUCCCGACCCAGUUCCCAAGAAAGAUGACAAGAAAGGCUCUCGAAAAGCGAUUGAGUUUGAUCUAGAGGAGCCUUCAAAAUCAACAUCGUCCUCUCGAAAAGAUCGCAAAGAUGAUCGAAAAGAAAAAAAAGAAGAACUUCCAAAGGCAUCAAGAAUAGCAGAGCCUGCACGUGAUGCUGGAAAGAGUGGAAGAGAUCGUGGGCAUCGAACAUUUAGAUGAGCUCUCACCACAUAUCCCCAGAUUUUCAUUAUUGUAUCUCAGUUUAUGUUGUCUACGAGGUUUUCUAUUGUAUCCUGAUGGAUUAUUAAAUAUUCGUUUUAUUUUUUGUUAGCAUUAAAUCUAAAGACAUUG